AUGCAGCAGCUCAUCUGGCAAGAUGAACCUGUGACUGUGACCCUGAUACAGGAAAAGGAACCAGGAAUGGAGGGUGGCAGUGUCAUCGUGGAGUGUGCUGCUAAUUGUAACCCACAACCACACAAGUACACAUGGCUCAAAAGACAGAAGGGUCUGAUCAACAAAAUAAGUUCAACUGAGAGAAGAAAGCCCUUCCACAACAUCACGCGAGACACUUCUCUCUCCUGCAUCGCUUACAAUGACAUUGGCACAGGGAAGUCCGACUGGUUGGAUCUGGAAGUUCAAUAUGCCCCGGAAAUCCUACCUGAGUCCUCCUGCCACCUGACAGGGGAAGUUCUGAAAUGUGUCUGCCAGGCUGAGGCGUCCCCUAAUGCCUCUAUACACUGGACCAUUAAUGGAAAUAACAAUCUUACGUCCUCCUUCAUCUUUGUUUCCACAAAUAAGAAAAACGUAGUCUCUGGGGAAAUAAGUGCCGCAGCUCAAAACCAAUCAAACAUAUCUUGCACAGCCACAAACUCCCUGGGCAGUAACACCAAACAGCUGUCUGUAUUGUCAAAAACAUCCUCUUUGUAUAUGUGGUUGAUGGCUUUACUGCUUGGUUUGCUGUUUGGAUGUGCGAUGUUCAUUUACAGAGAAUAUUCUAAAAACAGGCCACAAAGGCCACAAAGUAUAUCAGUCAAUGUCCAAGAAGAACACUCAAACACCAAUAUUCAAAGAUCUCAAGAUGAGGACACACAAUCAAACCCAUACACACCUGAGAGUAACCCUGAAGUGGACGAACCCUCCUGUAUUUACAACAAUGAAUUAGUGGAAGAAAUCAGAAGACCGACCAUAGCUCAACGGCACAAGAAUAACAGAACAGCCCCCCAAAGAGAAGGCGAAAUACAGCCACUGGAAAAGAGUGGUGUUGAUUGCAACACGGACGUCUACCUGAACUGCUGAUCAGAGAGAACACCUUCCGCUGCUUACAGAACUAUGCAUUGCAUAAAACAAAUGAAUCGGUGCAAAAUGUUUCCUUUUAUAGAGUUUUGUUGACUAGUUGUAAAGAUAUUUAGACUUGAUCAUAUAAUUCAUAUUGACUUGAGUUUUGCAAAACAAUUGACAUACACAGUAGUGCUGUGACAGUUCUAAAAAAAGCUCUUUAUUUUCUGUUGCAAUAAUUACCGAUGCACAUCUAAGAGGGAAAUACAUAUUCAAGCUGUUUUCCAAGCAACAGAAAACAGAUCUACUGUUGGAUAAGGCUGCAUGUGUAGCUAAUAUGUUCUGAUUCUCAAAUCACAAAUGUCUCAAAUUGUUAGUUAUGUAGUUAUGAUGCAACACUGCACUUAGAAAAGGAGGCCCUAACUUGCAUGUCUAUAUGGAAGAAGAAUUUGUUCAUCUGAAAUGAUGACCUAUUCUCUGAGCUUGUAGUGUAGGCGCAACCACCAAUAAAUGCAGGCUCAUGUCUUAAUCAAAUC